AUGUCGGACUCAGAGGCCAACGCGCGCAAUGCCCGAACCCGCCGGAAGCCCCGGACCGUGUCAUCGCUGACCGCGCAGCAGAUCGAGCAUAAGCGGGACUUGGAUCGGAAAGCCCAACGUGCGCUACGACAACGACUCAAGUCGCGCAUGCAGGAUCUCGAAGAAGAUUUGAUCCGCACGAAGACAUCCUUGUCGGACCAGGGCCGCAGUUUGAUGGACGAAGUCCAAUCGCUGCGGGAAGAGAACCGACGUCUUCGAUCGUGUCUGGACAGCAUCGCGCAAUUUGCGCUUGAUGGCGUCCCGGAGGAAAAUAACGCAGGGCAUGACACUCCUAGGCCUGAUUCAGUCCCCAUCGCCGAUGAUGAACCGAUCAGCGACACACCCCAGAACCCCGAGAGUCCCGCUCCCCCGAGCAAUCUCUUGACCCCGGGGAAUCGGCAAUUUCACACUGAGACAACCAACGCGUCCGCUACGAUGCGGGAGUUUGCCCGGUACACUCCCUAUGAGCAGCACCACAGACACCCAGCAGGCCCUUCCUAUGGAUGCAAUGAGGCUGCUAUGCCGGCAGGGAUAGGACCGCCCUCGGCAGAGGCAGGCGACUUAGCUGAUCCCCGCGUCAGCCAACCAACGGAAGGCAAUUACUCCGUUAGCCUAUCUCAGAGAUUGCAUGAUUCUUUCAUGGCCCGUACCGCACCAUCCUCCGUUACGGUCAAUACGAUCUUGCAACCUUCUACGUCGAGCGGCAUUGCAUCCGUGCUGCCUAAACAUCUACCCGCCACGUGUCCCUUGGACCAGAUUCUGCUAGACUUUAUCGCUUCCAGACGGACUUUAGUAGCCAAAGGGGUUGCUGUGAACGAGGCCGUGGGUCCGUCCCAGUUAUGCUUGCAGAAAAUCUUAUAUCCCCAGGCUGCGGCUGGAUCGCACGCUAUCAGCCAAGUUCUGGCCGAACUGCUCUCCAUAUUCCCAGAUGUCGCGCUUCCGGAGAAACUGGGCUUCAUGUUCGUGAUGUUUCAAACAAUAAAAUGGCAAAUACUUCCGACUGAUGCAAAUUAUGAAGAUAUACCGCGUUGGCUUCGUCCGACCGCUCUUCAAAUUACAGUCCCACAUGCGGCAUGGAUUGACAACAUUCCCUGGCCGCGCGUACGUGACAUUCUCAUUGAGAAGCCGGAAGAGUAUCCUUUCACUGUCUUUUCGAAACUGUAUUCGAACUACGUGAGAGUGAACUGGCCAUACGAUCCCAUGGAUGCAGCCUCUCCUCGAGGCGAUGUUAUCGUGCUCAACCCCAUAUUUGAGAAGCAUGUGCGGAGGUCAGAUAAUUGGACAGUCUCCGGUCAGUUCAAGGAAUACUUGCCUGAGAUGGCUGCGGCAAUCCGCGGGGUUGAUUGA